AUGGGGUCGACAUCAACGCCAGUUAGCACAUCUAGUGUACCAACACCAGUCAAAGCUAUACCGAAAGCACCACAGAAUACUCCAAAUACAAUCAAGUUUCUAAUCGGCGGUACAGCUGGUAUGACUGCUACAUUAUUCGUUCAUCCCAUGGAUAUCGUUAAAAAUCGAAUGCAAAUGAGUGGCGAAGGUGGUGGUGCUCGAGAACACAAGACAAGUUUCCAUGCGUUGCGAGCAAUAUUUCGUAAUGAAGGCUUUGCUGGUGUUUAUGCAGGUCUCUCGGCUGGUUUAUUUCGUCAAGCAACGUAUACGACAGCUCGUCUAGGAAUAUAUCAAGCAUUAUUCGAACAUUUUCGUCAAACAGAUGGUCGUCCGCCGGCAUUUUUCACUAAUCUACUUUUGGGUGUAACUAGUGGUGGUUUAGGUUCAUUCAUUGGUACACCGGCUGAAGUAGCAUUAAUUCGUAUGACACUCGAUGGUCGUUUGCCUAUGGCUGAACGAAGAAAUUAUGCGCAUGUAUUCGAGGCUCUUGCACGUAUAACACGUGAAGAAGGUGUGCUUAAAUUAUGGCGUGGUGCUAUACCAACGGCUACUCGAGCUAUGAUUGUUAAUGCAGCUCAAAUGCCAACGUAUUCACAAGCUAAACAAGCUUUAAUCUCCAAUGGUCUUAUGCAACAAGGUUUUCCUCUACAUGUUGUUGCAUCGUUAAUUGCAGCUUUUGUAACAACAUCUGUUUCGUUGCCAGUUGAUAUUGUUAAAACUCGAUAUCAAAAUAUGAAAAUUGUACAAGGAAAAGCAGAGUACAGUGGAAUAUUUGACGUCUUUCAACGUAUUCUUCGUCGAGAAGGUGUACUUAGUUUUUGGAAAGGUUUUACACCGUACUUUUCUCGUCUUGGUCCGCAUACGAUUCUUACGUUUAUAUUCAUUGAACAACUUAACAUGCAGUAUCAACGACGUGUACUUAAGAAUGAAUCUUUUUCGUCAACAUUAUAA